UCAUGGACUGUUUAUUUCACAGGAUUAGCUUCAUGUAGUCAGGCUACCCGGCAGCACCUCUCUUCAAAGAACGAAUAGAUACACAGAAAAGUGGCCAAAGUAUUUGUCUUUUAAGGUUGAAAUCCCUUUGAGAUAAAAGGGUCAGCCAAUAUGACGAUUAACUUGGGUGUUAAGGCUCUUCUCGGUUGGGUCAACAGCAUAAAACUGUCCGCCCGAGAAAUUACUGUCGACGAUUUACAAGAUGGGACGGUCUUACUGAAACUUGUUUAUAUGCUGAAAAAGGAACCCAACCCCCCUUUCAGUCAUUCCACUGAGGAUCGGUUCAAGCUCAUUGCGGACUUUGUGGAAAGGGACUGCAGAUUUAGUGCAGCCAAAGGCACUUCGUUAUCGUGGGACAACAUAAGAGAUGGCAUCAACCUAACUGUAGAAAUUGCAAAGGUGCUUUUGUUGCUCGUAUACCAUGACAUGAUGAACGACCGCUGCUCUCUGAACAUGUUGGAAUGUGAUGUAGAGCGGGAGAUAGCAAACCUAACUGGUUCCUUUGUGAUGGAGAGCGAGGGCUGUGUUUAUCUGAACAAUGGACUUGAUGCCUAUUUGGCAAGGAGAUAUUUGCCUGUAUCCCGUGAAAUAUUUGAGCGAUCAGCAACCACCUCUACCUCCAAUGUAUCGACAAUCUCCUCGCUCUCAGAUGACGACUCCCCCGUCUUUCACCGCGCACAGAAAAUCCCAUUUGUGGACAUGCAAACUGUGGCCUCUUCCUCAGUCAGCAAGUCUCCUCUGCAGGAUAUUAUGAACACACCUAAAUUUCAGAUGAGGAAGAUGCAACGACAGAUGAUCAAGGAGAGAGACUACAGAGAUGGGUUGGAGAGGGAGCUGGUCAGCAACCUUGCACUCAUUGCACAGAGGGAGUCCCAGAUUAACCAGUUGCAGUAUCGCCUGGAAAAACUGAAAGCAGAGCAAGGUGAUCAGGAGCAGGUUACAAAGGAACAAAUCGAUCAUCUUGAGUCCAAGAACAACACGUUACAAAUGAGUUUUAAUGAGAUGUUAAAGCAAAAUAAAGACCUCAAGACUACUUCCUCACUUAUGGAACGUAAAGUGGAUGAGCUGACAGAAGAAAAUGGUGUACUCUCUUCCCAGGUGAGAGCAGUGUGUUCGCAGCUCGCCACCUUUGAGGUAGAAAUUAACAGGUUGACAGAAACCCAAGCAUCAGCUGAGGAGGAGUUGAGAAUUAAAACAAGCCACCUACAGUCUGAGCUCAACCAAGCUACUGCUCAAAAGGAGCUCCUGACUGAACAAAUUCAGAUUCUCCAGGGAAAGAUUUCCUGUUUGGAGGAUGAAAUAAGCAGGGCCACUAAGGAAGAAGUAGGAGAGAAUAUGUGGCCUAUAAUGGAGAGAGAAAUGUUGGAGACUGAGAUCAGUGGUUUGAAGAGUGAGCUGGAGAGUACAAUUUGCUCCCUGAAAAAGGCUGAGGUGGAGAUUCAGAUCAAAACACAUCAGCUGGCAGAGUACCAGCAAGAAAUUACUCAACAGAAAGAGCUCCUGAAGCAACAGAAAUCCGAAAAUGAAGAAAUAAUUCAAGCAAAGGAUGACAUUUUGGACAAGUUGAAAAAGGAGUUAACGGAGCAGAGAGCAGUCCUUCAACACGAGAUCCAGGAUCUCAAGCUUCAACUUGAGCAAGUUGAGCAGCAGAAAACUGAGCAGAUGACCAGACUACAGCAGCAUAGUGCUGCUUGUGAACGAGAAAUCGAAAAACUAAAAGAAAUUAAGGAGACUGCUCAUCAGAAGGAGCUUCUUCAGCAACAGCUGUCUGCCUCUGAAGACAGGGUAAGGAGCAUGAGGGAGGAGAUCCAAGCUAAAGAGGAACAGAUGAACAUGUUGAGAAAUCAAAGUUCAGAGCAGUCAGAACUACUACACCAAGAGAUCCGAGACUUAAAGAAACAGUUGGAAACUCUUGGUUCCUCAUUGAGGUCUGCUGAAGAGAAUUUGCAGUCCAAGGAAAAUCUGUUUGCCAAACAACAAUUACAGACAACUCAGCAUAUGGAGGCAUUCCAGGCGCAGAUGGUAGCGUCUCAAGAUGAGGUGAAGAGGCUAAAUGCAGAAAUUCUUGCAAAGGAGGAACAGUUGGUUCAGCUAAAGACAGAGACUUCUUCACACUCUGAAUUGUUACAGCAGGAGAUUGAAGGUCUGAAUAAACAAAUAAAAAGCAUGAGCAACUCUCUUGAGAUCGCCAAAGACCAGGUUCAAGCCAAAGAAGAUUUGAUUGCCAAGCAGGAGCAGGAAAGCACUCUGCAGAUUGAGGCACUUAGAGAGCACAGUGCAGGCCUCGAGGAGGAGGUAAAUCAGCUGAGGGAGAAGAUCCAAACUAAAGAGAGUGAGGUAGACAUGUUAAAAGUCGAGAGCUGCAAGGAGUCAGAAGUGCUGCAGAAUGAGAUCCAAACUUUGAAGGAUCAAGUGGAAAGUUUGAGUGACUUGCUGAAGACUGCAACAGAGCAGGUUCAGGCUAAAGAGAACCUGCUGGCUCAUAAGGAAUUGGUGAUUUCUCAGGAAAAAGAUACAUUUCAAAACCUGAUGACAACCUCUGAGGAGGAGAUGAGGGCUCUUAGGGAACAGAUCCAGGCUAAAGAGGGACAACUGGUCACACUAAAAAAAGAGGGCUCCAUACAUUCGGACAUGCUGCAACAAGAGAUUGUAUGUCUAAAAAAGCAACUAGAUAAUACGGUUGACUCUCUCUCAAAGGCCGAGGAGAAGGUUCAGACCCAGCUAGAUAUGCUUAACAAACAGGAGCGGGAGAGUGGUCAACAGAAGGAGCUUCUUCAGCAACAGCUGUCUGCCUCUGAAGACAAGGUAAGGAGCAUGACGGAGGAGAUCCAAGCUAAAGAGGAACAGAUGAACAUGUUGAGAAAUCAAAGUUCAGAGCAGUCAGAACUACUACACCAAGAGAUCCGAGACUUAAAGAAACAGUUGGAAACGCUUGGUUCCUCAUUGAGGUCUGCUGAAGAGAAUUUGCAGUCCAAGGAAAAUCUGUUUGCCAAACAACAAUUACAGACAACUCAGCAUAUGGAGGCAUUCCAGGCGCAGAUGGUAGCGUCACAAGAUGAGGUGAAGAGGCUAAAUGCAGAAAUUCUUGCCAAGGAGGAACAGUUGGUUCAGCUAAAGACCGAGACUUCUUCACACUCUGAAUUGUUACAGCAGGAGAUUGAAGGUCUGAAUAAACAAAUAAAAAGCAUGAGCAACUCUCUUGAGAUCGCCAAAGACCAGGUUCAAGCCAAAGAAGAUUUGAUUGCCAAGCAGGAGCAGGAAAGCACUCUGCAGAUUGAGGCACUUAGAGAGCACAGUGCAGGCCUCGAGGAGGAGGUAAAUCAGCUGAGGGAGAAGAUCCAAACUAAAGAGAGUGAGGUAGACAUGUUAAAAGUCGAGAGCUGCAAGGAGUCAGAAGUGCUGCAGAAUGAGAUCCAAACUUUGAAGGAUCAAGUGGAAAGUUUGAGUGACUUGCUGAAGACUGCAACAGAGCAGGUUCAGGCUAAAGAGAACCUGCUGGCUCAUAAGGAAUUGGUGAUUUCUCAGGAAAAAGAUUCAUUUCAAAACCUGAUGACAACCUCUGAGGAGGAGAUGAGGGCUCUUAGGGAACAGAUCCAGGCUAAAGAGGAACAACUGGUCACACUAAAAAAAGAGGGCUCCAUACAUUCGGACAUGCUGCAGCAAGAGAUUGUAUGUCUAAAAAAGCAACUAGAUAAUACGGUUGACUCCCUCUCAAAGGCCGAGGAGAAGGUUCAGACCCAGCUAGAUAUGCUUAACAAACAGGAGCGGGAGAGUGGUCAACAGAAGGAGCUUCUUCAGCAACAGCUGUCUGCCUCUGAAGACAAGGUAAGGAGCAUGACGGAGGAGAUCCAAGCUAAAGAGGAACAGAUGAACAUGUUGAGAAAUCAAAGUUCAGAGCAGUCAGAACUACUACACCAAGAGAUCCGAGACUUAAAGAAACAGUUGGAAACUCUUGGUUCCUCAUUGCGGUCUGCUGAAGAGAAUUUGCAGUCCAAGGAAAAUCUGUUUGCCAAACAACAAUUACAGACAACUCAGCAUAUGGAGGCAUUCCAGGCGCAGAUGGUAGCGUCUCAAGAUGAGGUGAAGAGGCUAAAUGCAGAAAUUCUUGCAAAGGAGGAACAGUUGGUUCAGCUAAAGACAGAGACUUCUUCACACUCUGAAUUGUUACAGCAGGAGAUUGAAGGUCUGAAUAAACAAAUAAAAAGCAUGAGCAACUCUCUUGAGAUCGCCAAAGACCAGGUUCAAGCCAAAGAAGAUUUGAUUGCCAAGCAGGAGCAGGAAAGCACUCUGCAGAUUGAGGCACUUAGAGAGCACAGUGCAGGUCUCGAGGAGGAGGUAAAUCAGCUGAGGGAGAAGAUCCAAACUAAAGAGAGUGAGGUAGACUUUUUAAAAGUCGAGAGCUGCAAGGAGUCAGAAGUGCUGCAGAAUGAGAUCCAGUCUUUGAAGGAUCAAGUGGAAAGUUUGAGUGACUUGCUGAAGACUGCAACAGAGCAGGUUCAGGCUAAAGAGAACCUGCUGGCUCAGAAGGAAUUGGUGAUUUCUCAGGAAAAAGAUUCAUUUCAAAACCUGAUGACAACCUCUGAGGAGGAGAUGAGGGCUCUUAGGGAACAGAUCCAGGCUAAAGAGGAACAACUGGUCACACUAAAAAAAGAGGGCUCCAUACAUUCGGACAUGCUGCAACAAGAGAUUGUAUGUCUAAAAAAGCAACUAGAUAAUACGGUUGACUCUCUCUCAAAGGCCGAGGAGAAGGUUCAGACCCAGCUAGAUAUGCUUAACAAACAGGAGCGGGAGAGUGGUCAACAGAAGGAGCUUCUUCAGCAACAGCUGUCUGCCUCUGAAGACAGGGUAAGGAGCAUGACGGAGGAGAUCCAAGCUAAAGAGGAACAGAUGAUGCUGCUGAGGAGAGACAGCUCAGAGCAGUUGGAUUUACUAAAUCUAGAGAUCCAAACUUUAAAGGAACAGGUGGAGACUCUUGGUUUCUCACUCAGGACGGCUGAGGAAAAUAAGCAGACCAAGGAGGAUUUGUUGGUUCAACAACAGCAAGAAAAUACUAAACAGAGGGAGGUACUCCAAAGUCUAAAGGAGAAAGUCCAACAAGUGGAGAUUCUGCAGGACCAGAAUUACUCACGGGAAGAAGAGAUUCAAAAGCUGAAAGAGUCUCAGAGUGAGAAGGAGAGCCUACUCCUCCACACUGAAGAGCAGCUUCAGAUCCUCCAGACAGAGUUGUCUGUCGUCACCACACUAGUAGCUGAUAAAGACCAAAAUCUCAACACCCUCAGAGGGGACCUCGCUGCCCAAGCUGACUUGGUACAAAAAGCAAAAGAGGAAGCUGAAGCCAAUGAGAGAAUUCUGACUGAGUUGAAGGCAGAGAGCUCCAAACAGACAGAUGUUCUUCAACAUGAGAUCCAAGAUCUGAAAGGGGAAUUGAAAAACAUUUCUCUAAAACUUCUGGCUAAGGAGGAGAUGUUACUUAAAACUCAACAGGAGACUACUCAGCAGAUAGACCUUCUCCAACAGCAGCUCGUCUCAGUAAAUGCAGAGCUGAACCAGCACAAAGAGACACAAGCUGCAGCCCUCAGAAUGAAAGAGGAUGUACGGGAGAUGCAGGUUGCCACUCUCAGGGAAAAAGAGGCUUUUGUUCAGGAAAAAGAAGGACUCAUGGCCAGAAUACAUCAGGCAGAAAAGGAUCAGAAAGCUCUGGAGAGACAACUCCAAGCCACGGUCUUUGAAAAGAACAGACUUGCGCAGGCCAAGCAGGCCAUAGAGAGAGAGAAUGCAGCUUCUGGUAAACUGGAAUCUGCGUUACAGCAGGAGCUGGAAAUAUUGAAAAUGGAAAGAGAGAAAUUCAUGAAAGAGAAUGAAAAAGCUGAAGAAACUGAGAUGCUAAAGAGAGACCUGCAGGAACAGCUCUCAGCUAAAUCAGAAGCUACAGAACACUACAAGGCACAGAUGAAGAAAGCAGUGAGUCAUUACAAUGACAAGAAGCAGCUUCUUCAGGAAAGCCAACAGGAGGUGGCUGAACUCAAGCAUUCCUUGGAAGUUAAAGACUGUGAAGUAAAGACUCUUAUCAAGGAGAAUAAGAUACUUCAAUGGGAUUUGGAGAAAGCCCAAACCAGUGAGAAAAAACUGCUGAACACAGUGGCCAGUUUGAAGGCACAGCUGGCCUGUGCUGAUGGCAACCUGCGGGUACAGAAUAAGAUUCAUGGUAAAGAAAGAAGUGUAACCGAGUUGUGUUACUUGGAAGUUCCCAACACAUGCUCAAGUAUAGAGACUAGGGUGAAGAGGUCCAUGAGCUCGGACAGCCUGGACCAUAGCUCUCUGGAAGACUCUCUGAACAACACUAGGAAAUUUUCAGCACCUGAAGAAUCAAGCACACCGCUUGUUCGCAGUUCAGAGCGCUUGGCAGCAAAACGACGGGGUCUACAGGCCGAGUCACUGGACACACUCUACUUAACACCUAUAAACACCAGACAGAUUAACAGGACCAGUACAGAGAACAAAAUGGAACUGGAUUCAGCUCGGAAAAAUACAAGUUCAUCUGUCAAACGACGCAGGACCACGCAGGUUAUAAACAUCACUAUGACCAAGAAAACCCCAGGCUGCAGUGAAGGUGAUGAGACUUUCUACAGUCUGGCCUCAGCUCGCUCCCAACCAAACCUCGCCAGUGCUCACGCUGCACGACCCGUGUCUAUGGAGCUGUUUGACACACCGGCCAGAAUGACCGGCACUGCCAGGGACCAACUCAACAGUCUUCCGGGAUACAGACGGAGCACAGUCCAUUCACAGACCACUAGUACAUUCUGUGUGGGGGCAGAGAACGAGCCAGACGGUGCACCUGAAGAUUGGAUGAGGAUUGCUGAGAUCCAGGCCAGGAACAAGGCCUGCCCUCCUCAUCUAAAGAGCAGCUACCCUGUGGAGUCUGAGACUGGCCAUGGUGGUGCAUUCAUUUUCACAGACGAAGACCUCCGUACAGGUGACCCAUCUGACACAAUCCGUCGGGCGUCCAUGAUGCCUGGCCAGCUGCAAGACUCUCUCGCCUCACAUCAGUCCACUGUCAUGACGGGGCAGUCCGGUGCUGCGGCCGGUAUUCGUUCUCAUCGUCUGUCCUUGAUGCCUGGCCAGCUGCGGUCAAAAACAGUCAGCUCCUCUCAGCUGAAAAGCCCGAAAGGCGCAAAGCGGUCUUCAUCUACAUUGUCUUUACAUCAAACUUCUCCUGAGAAAAGAGUGAAGGCCAGCUGCUUCCCUCGUCCCCUCACUCCCAAAAACAAGACUGUGAACAGUGGAUCCUGCAGCUCUCAGCUUCACUCGGUCCUCAGUCCAGCUGAGCGGAGGCAGUCUAUGGCGUUCACAUUUGAAAACACCCCUAAAAACAGCAACUACCUGAAGAAAGGGCUGAACAAACUACGCAGCUCCACCAGAAAAUCCCCAGGCAAAAGUGCAAAGAAGCCACCCGCUCAGAUAGCUGCACGCAAGUGCCAGGAAAACAUGCCUACAGGAAAUUCUCGCGCUGGAGUAGGACGAGCAGGCAGAGCUGGCAUGGCUAAGUCUCCCCAAGUGACAGCUACCAGCAGGUCUGCAAAGUCUCCUGGACUGACGGCUAGUGCUCGCAAGAAGCCUGUGUCUCUAAAAGAAGAGAGCCUUGCUGGAAGUCGUAAAAGGUCAAUAAAAAUAAUGAAGAGGAUGAAGGUGUGAGGACUGGUUCCCAAAUUGGAUCUAUGAUCGUCUACAGUUCAUCUUGAUCAUAUUUUUCUUUUUUUUUUGUUGUCCUUCAGGACAUUUUUAAGUCUUGUCUUAAUCUACAUUUACUUUCUCUGUAUUAUAUUUCCACGUUUCCUAAUAAAAACACUUAAAUGACACAUUGAG